UAAUAUUUUUUAUCGACAUGUUUAUUUUCAUUCGAGUUUAUAUAUAUCUCUAAAUAACGAAAUUUAUCAGCUGAUUAGAUCCGUUCGUUUUCAAUUUAGUUUUUGUGACUGUCAUCUUUUAAAUGCAUAUUCGGCUUUCUCUGGUUCUGACUGUAUUAAAGUACUGAAAAUCUGUAUUACUGAUAACACUGUAUGGAUUAAAUGAGGCUAUUCAAUGACGUCCAGUGAUAAUCAAAAAGAUUGUUUAGCUUGCCGUUUAAUAAGUGGUUUCGGACUAAUUGCCAUGGGAGCAUAUAUUUUCUCACAAUCUAAAAAUCGUAAAAAAAUUGAAAUGAAUACAAUGCGAUUGAUUUCGGGAAGUGUGGUGUCCCUAGGUUUGGCCAGACUAUCAAACGCAAGCUUUUUGAAAUCAAACAGCUCCGAGGCCUAAAUGUCACAAUAGUUUUAAGUGCUAUGGGUUUAGAAUUUCUUCUUUCCAGUAUACAAUCUUUAUUAAUCAAUAUUUAUAUUAAAAAAUAAACCUAAUUUAUAAAGUUCCUUACUUACGUUUAACAAAAAGAUGGGUGUACGUAUUUGUGUAUGCUGAACAUAUACUAAUAAACACUUUUAGUAAUGUUGCCUAACA